AUGUCCUCUACGACCACCGAGUUGGAAACCCUCGCGGGUCCGCGGCUCGCCAGACACGCGCCGGCUCCUGCGAACGACACGCCGGAAGCCAACACCACAGCCGGAGAAGCCACCGCGGCGCCGGCCGCCCCCAGCAGAUCCCGCGCCGCCGCCCUGACCGCGACGCUCGCGUGCGUCACGUUCCUCAACACCUUCAACUCGGGCGCGCUGACCGUCGCGCUGCCGGCCGUGGCGCGGGACCUGGCGCUGCCGGCGCACCUGGUGCUGUGGCCGGCGGCCGUGUUCGCGCUGGCGCUGUGCUGCGCGCUGCCGGCGCUCGGCGCCGCGGCCGACGUGGUCGGCAGCCGGGCCGCGCUGCUCGCCGGGUGGCUGCUGCUGGGCGGGGCGGCGCUCGCCACGGCGCUGGCGCGCCGCGCGCCGCAGCUCCUCGCGGCCCGCGCCGCCGCCGGCGUCGCCACCGCCUUCUGCAUCCCGGCCGCCGUGCGCGCCGUCACCGCCGCCUUCCCCGCCGGCCGCCCCCGCAACCUCGCCUUCGCCGCCUUCGGCGCCGGCUACCCCCUCGGCGGCGCCCUCGGCCUCGUCCUCGGCGGCGUCCUCACCAACGGCCCCGGCUGGCGCGUCGCCUUCCACCUCGCCGCCGCCGCCAGCGCCGCCGCCUUCGCCCUCGCCUGGUUCACGCUGCCGCCCGCGCCCCCCGCGCCCCUGGCCGACCUCGCCCGCCGCCUCGCCCGCGAGAUUGACUGGGUCGGCGUCGCGGCCGCGACCGCCUGCCUCGCGAGCCUGUCGUACGUCUUCGCCGAGGCGGCUCACGGUGGCGCGGCGGCACUGAGCCGCGCGCCGAGCGCCGCGCUGCUCGCCGUGGCGGCGGCGCUCGUGCCGUUCUUCGGGUUCUGGGUGGGCCGGCAGGAGCGGCUGGGGCGGCCGGCGGCGCUGCCGAACAGCGUGUGGCGGCGGGGGGAGUUCGCGGCGACGUGCGCGACGGUGUUCCUGGCGUGGGCGUGGUUCAACGCGUUCAACUACUGGGCGGCGCUGCUGUUCCAGACGGUGCAGGGGCUGGACGCGCUGGAGGCGGCGCUGCGGUUCCUGCCGAUGGUGGCGAGCGGCGUGCUGGCGAACGCGGCGGCGGGGCUGGCGGUGGAGCGCGUGCCCGCGGGCGCGCUGGUGCUCGGCAGCGGCGCGCUGAGCGCCGGCGCGCCGCUGCUGCUCGCCGUCCAGCGCCCCGAGUGGACCUACUGGGCCGCCGGCUUCCCCGCCAUGUGCCUCAGCGUGCUCAGCACCGACCUGCUCUUCAGCAUCAGCAGCCUCAUCAUCACGAGCAGCUUCCCCGCCAAGGACCAGGCCCUCGCUGGCAGCGUCUUCAACACCGUCGCCCAGCUCGGGAACAGCGUCGGCCUCGCCAUCACCGCCAUCAUCGCGUCCGCGGUCACCGAGUCGGCCGCGGCCGGACCCGGCGCCGAGACCACGCAUGCGACCCUCGAGGGAUACCGCAGCGCGUUCUGGGCCUGCUUCGCGUCGGCGGCCCUUAGCGCUGUCAUCGGCUCGAUUGGGCUGCGGAAAGCUGGGAAGGUUGGCAUGAAGAAGGAUGUAUAA